AUGAAGUUCGGGAAAAUAUGGAAACAGGAGCAGUCGAACGGCAUCCUGUGGGCGUACAUUGACUACAAGGCACUCAAGAGGCUGAUGAAGGCCCAGGGCGCUCAAUCGGCUGACUUCCGCCAGGCGUUGUGGUCUGAGUUGGAGAGGGUGAACCAAGCUUUCGUGAGCGCCGAACGACGCUACCUAGCCGACCUGACGGUGCACCUGUCCGGCGAGCGGGAAUCAAGCGGCUACUUCGGCGAGGUCGAGCUGCUCCACCGCGCCUGCGUGCUGAACUACGUUGCCGCGCUGAAAGCGGUCAAGAAGCACGACAAGGUGUUCGGCACGCCGCUCCGUCAGGAGCUGCUCGAGCACCUCUUCUCCCUCCCCUUUGUCCGCUCCCUCGACCACUCCUUCCUGUUCGAGGAGUGCUGGCGCUGCGUCUCGGAGGCGCCCAGCUCCGCCUCCGGCGCGCUCGACCACGCGCUCGCCGCCUCGAUCCGGCAAGGCUUCGACGCGAUGCGGCGCCUCAAGCCCGAUUCCGCGACGCGGCCCCCCGCGUGCUCCCCUGACGGGAGCCUCUCCUCGGUCCCCUCCUCGUGGAGUGAGGCGCCCACGCUGCCAGCCUCCCGCACCCGCGGGCCCGUGUCUGCCAACGGUUCGCCACUUGGCUCGGCGCCCAUCCACAUCGCUCGGCCGCGAGAGGGCGCGGAGGGCGACCUGCCGCUCUCGCAUCCGGUCGGGCAUGGGCUCACGGCGCCGCUCGACCGCGCGCGGACCCUCGGGAGGGUCCGCGGCAGGCUUCAGGCGCCGCGCGACCGGACCGAGCUGGGCAGUGGCGGCAGGAUGAGCGGUGCGGAGCCCGAGCUGGACAACGCGUGUAUCUUCGAGCUCACGUUCGAAGCGUAG